UACAUUUGUUUUCGCAAUAUAAAGAAAGAAUUGCUUGUGGUAGCAAAUAUUUAAAUAAAUAAAUAACGCCAUGAAUGUUGACGAAUCCGCAUUGGAAAUGGAUCCUGAACUGGCCAAGAAAUUAUUCGCUACCGGUGCAGUGUUGGUAAUAACAGGAGCGCCAGUUGGCACAGAAUUCGGCAUAGAUCUAUGCAACUACAAAAUUGGCGAAAAAUUUCGUGGCGUAAAAAUGAUACCGCCCGGUCCGCAUUACAUCUGGUGUGCAUCCUGCGGUCCAUAUGGUGAUGUUGCACCACGUGUGGGUUUUGUACAUUAUUUCAAAAGCGAAGAGGUGGUUGUGCGUGAGUGGAGCCAACGCGAUGAAGAAAUGCAAGAGAGUCAGUCUGAAGACAAAGAAUUAGAAAAGAAACGUAUACGCGAUAAUCUCAAGGAAUUCGACAGUUUUCUAGCCCCUUACGAUUAUCGAUUUUACAAUAAAUGGAAACUCUUAACAGACAAAGUGACCGAAGGCACAGUCGAACGUUGCAGACCAACAUUGGGUCCAAUACGUACAAAUGUAGAAUUACAAUCUUGUUCCGAUGAGGAUCGACCCAGAGGCACGUUACACACAAACAAUUUGCAACAACAAAGCACUAAAACAAUUGUAAACGAAAGUGAUUUGCUACCCAACUUAAAGCCAGUUGAAGGCACUGCGCCACGCUUCACUGAACUACCUGCGCGUGUGCCACAGAAUGCAACGCCUGCUGAAGUAUCGCGUCAUAGCAUUGAUUGUGUGCAUGCAAUUGAGACAUUGGUUGGCAUGUUUCAUAGUUCGGAAGCUUUGAUUGAGGAGGAGCAAUUGGCUUUUGUUUUUUAUCUUGUUGGUUGUUCGGUAGAGUCUCUGGCACAUUGGCGCAAUAUAUUGCAUUUGUUGGCACAUUCUGAGCAAGCAGUGCAAAAUUUUAAAAUACUUUAUAUGAAAUAUGCUGAAGCAUUGAUGCAACAAUUACCACACCUGCCCGAAGAACUUAUGGAACCAGGUGAAUAUAACUCAGUUUAUAAGGAUGUGCGUACGCUGCUAAUUAACCUAAAUUUGGGUGGUCUGGGCGUAAGUGCGGAUAAACUUAGUAGAAAAUUACAGAAAACCUUGCAAUGGCAUUUUGAGGGUUUGCUUGAUGAAGAUCCUGAGGACAUGCCGGUUAUAGUAGAAUUGACAUAGAUUUAUAGCUGCGCUAUAAAAGAUUGAUAUACUAUAUAUUUGCAUAGAUACAUAACGUAUAAAUAAAGUAAUAUAAAAUUCUA